AGAUAGCUCUUAAGUUAUGUCAUAUUUGCAAGCAUCAUUUUGUAACCUCAGGGGGUAGCUACUGACGGCUAGAAUGUAACCAUCUAUCACCGACAGCUCGUGAUGCUAUGUCAAUCAUUGACAUGAUAGUUAAGCUCAUCUAAGGUUGGAUACUACUUCAGUCGUCCAUAAAAUGCUCGACUCCCCGUCCCGUUCAAUCUGAUCUUACUUUCGUUUACUCACACAUCCACUUCAGCUUCAACUGUCAACCUUUCCUUUCUUGGUCGUUUCUUGUUCUUAAGAGCUGUGCUCGUACCUUCUUUACGCUGUAUUAUUUUGUUCCAUUCGACAACCUCAUUUCAACCUUCUUUAAUUUCAAUUUAAGUAUCUGGUUAUACACUCUUUCAACAUGAAGAACUUCGGUGCUAUCUUGAUGGCCUUGGCCACUGCCGCAUCUUUCGUUGCUGCUCUACCAACCCAGCCUAUUCAGGGGUCUGUCGAAGUCCGCACUCCUCGCGACUUCGCCCUUGACAUAAGAGUCCCCAAGAAAAAGCACCAUCACGGUGCCGCCAACAAUGGAACCGCCUCUGCCCUUGAUGGCGGUGCUAUCAAGAACGGAACUGGCAAUGCCAACCAAGGAGGCAAGGCCGGCAAGAACGGCGACAACAAUGGCAAGAAGGGCAAGGGUCAAGACGGAGCUGGUGCCAGCGCGGACGCUGGUGCUAAUGACGGUGCAGACCAGCAAAAAAGCGGCAACACGCUUACCGAUUUACUCAACGGACUCCUAGCCGGCGGUGCUAAUGGCAACAACCCGCUCGCAGAUCUUCUCGGAGGUGCAGCUGGCGGCGCUGGUGGUGCUAAGGCCGAAAACCCUCUCGCAGAUCUUCUCGGGGGUGUUGCUGGUGGCGCAGCCGACGGUGCUGGUCAGAAAGCUGGUGCCGGUGGUCUCGGUGACCUUAGUGGCCUUCUACAAACCCUACAAGGUCUCUUAGGAAAGAACAACUAAGAGGUUCGGAACUCCUAGGAUGAGGAUAUCUUGUAAAUAAUAGGUCAUAGAGGGAGUUAUCAGGACUUUCCGGGAACGUUACGGCUAAUGACGGGUGCACACGGCUUUGGAUAUUCUAGCAAGUCUAGACAUGUUGAUUUGGUGUAUAAUUAUCACCACCGAAAAACUGACAAUGGUGUCGGAGGUUGGACUGGGGUCUUCGAUCCGCGUCUUCCCAAAAAGAAGUUAAACAAGAACACCAAUAGAAAGUUGUGGAUGUGGCAAACACCUUGUCCUCAGGCUUUUGAGCCUGUGGUUCCAGUAUUCGUGAAUAUGUUCAUGUUCUCUUGUGCUAUUUAUUGUUCGAGUCGGGA